AUCACAUCCCUUGGACGAACGUAACACUUAGGCCUGUUGACUAAGUUGCUUUUAGCGUUUCUCUCUUUCAAAUAGUUUGCAUUUGACCACUGCAUAAUAUUGGAAUAACCUUUGUUCUUUGAAAAUGGAAUAUAAGGGAUUCUCGUUCUCUGCCUCGAAUUUCUUCCUGGCUUUGUUUCUUUUCCUGCUGCGCACCAGCUAUGGAGACGUGACCUAUUCUUUUCCGGAAGAGAUGAAACGCGGAUCUGUGAUCGGGAAUAUAGGCAAGGAUCUCGGAUUGGAUCCAAAACGACUGUCCGUUCGAAAAGCUCGCCUAGAAAUGGAUGGUAGUAGCACACUCUAUUGUGACAUUAACCUAAUCACUGGCGACCUGAUUGUUGCUGAGAGAAUGGACAGGGAGCAGCUCUGUGGCAGAAGGGUUUCGUGUGUAUUGAAAUAUGAAAUGGUGCUCGAGAAUCCUUUAGAAUUACACCGCGUCGUUCUUCAGAUACAAGAUAUUAAUGACAAUUCACCACAAUUCGCGAACGAUCGUAUUACGUUUGAGAUCAGAGAAUCGGCAGAUAAAGGCGCCCGAUUUGUGGUUAAUCAGGCUCACGAUGCAGAUAUAGGACUGAACGCCGUUCAAAGGUACACACUACAAAGGAACAGCCAUUUCAGUUUGGCAUUGCAUACCAAUCCUGGUGGGGUAAAAUAUGGCGAGUUAGUAUUGGAGAAAGAACUGGAUAGAGAAAAAGAGCAGGAGGUGACGUUAUUACUUACUGCGGUUGAUGGUGGGACUCCACAGAGAUCUGGUACUGUAGUUAUACACGUUACUGUGCUGGAUGCUAAUGACAAUAUUCCAGUGUUUAGGCAGAACGUUUAUAAGGUCAGUCUGCCCGAAAAUUCUCCCUUUGGCACUGUAGUAGUUACUGUAAGCGCCACAGAUGCUGACGAGGGACAAAAUGGGGACGUGAUGUAUGAAUUCGGCCCCAUCUCCAAUGAAUUGAAUGACUUGUUUUCUCUUGACCCCAAAUCUGGAGACAUCAGCAUAGCAGGACAGGUGGAUUUCGAAAAGGAGUCGAUAUAUGAAUUGAGUAUCCAAGCCAAAGAUGGCUCAGGUUUGACAUCCUUUGCCAAUGUGGUCAUAGAAAUUAAAGAUGUGAAUGACAAUGCACCAAUAAUAUAUAUCAAAUCGCUUAGCAAUCCAAUCCCUGAGAAUGUUUUACUUGGUACAGAGGUGGGCAUCAUUAAUGUACAGGAUAAAGACUCUGGGGGAAAUAGACAGGUCCGCCUCUCCAUUCAACAAAAUGUUCCAUUCAAAUUAAACCCCUCGAUCAAAAACUAUUAUUCUCUGGUAACAACUAGUGAACUAGACCGUGAGAUAAUAUCAGAUUAUAUCAUAAAUAUCACUGCCACUGACGAGGGGUCUCCACCUUUAUCCUCCUCAAAGAUCAUUAAUGUAUCUGUAUCAGACGUGAAUGACAACCCACCUGUGUUUGAAGAACAAUGCUACAGCUCCUAUGUGACUGAGAAUAACAAGCCUGGCUCCUCUAUGUGUUCUGUUACUGCCAGAGACCCAGACUGGAGACAGAACGGCACAGUGGUCUAUUCUCUAUUGCCCAGUGAGGUCAACGGUGUUCCGGUGUCCUCAUUUUUAUCCAUCAACGGAGACACGGGGGUGAUCCAUGCUGUGAGAGCAUUUGAUUAUGAGCAGUUUAGGAGCUUCAAAGUCCACGUUGUAGCCAGAGACAAUGGUUCUCCUCCACUCAGCAGUAACGUGACUGUGAAUGUCUUCAUAACAGAUGAGAAUGAUAACUCUCCCCAGAUAUUAUACCCUGCUCCAGCAGGAAACUCCUUAAUGACUGAGAUGGUCCCCAAAGCUGCUCUGGCGGGGUCCCUGGUUUCCAAGGUGAUAGCUGUGGAUGCUGACUCUGGACAGAAUGCGUGGCUUUCAUAUCAGAUCGUAAAAUCGACUGAUCCGGGAAUUUUCACUAUUGGUCUCCACAGCGGAGAGAUCAGGGCACAGCGGGACAUUUCUGAAUCUGACAGUAUGAAGCAGAACCUUGUUAUAUCAGUGAAAGAUAACGGACAGCCCUCUCUCUCUACAACCUGUGAUGUAUAUUUACUCAUAUCAGACAACUUGGCUGAAGUUCCAGAACUGAAAGACAGGGCUUAUGAGGAUAGUUCCAAACUAACUUCCUAUUUGAUCAUUGCACUGGUCUCUGUCUCCACCUUUUUUCUUACUUUCAUUAUUCUCAUCUUGGCCGUGAGGUUCUGUCGGAGGAGAAAGCCUAGAAUUAUGUUUGAUGGAGCAGUCGCCAUUCCCAGCGCGUAUUUCCCUCCCAACUAUGCAGAGGUGGACGGAGCUGGAACUCUGCGUAGUUCUUAUAAUUAUGAUGCAUACCUGACAACGGGCUCACGCACCAGUGACUUCAAGUUUGGCAGAUCUUAUAAUGACAGCACGCUGCUGGCUGAUCAGACACUGAAGAAGAAUCUAAAUGAACCUUUUGGAGAAAACAUAAUCACGUCCAACACCGUGGGUGAUUGUGAGGUGAGAUUUCACAGCAUGUGA